AAACCGAAUGGUUCCUAGUUGCAUACGGAUCCUCUUCCGGGCACGUUGUUGUUGCAUCAUCCAACCACACUGGAAAAUGUCGAGCUCGGGUGAUCAAGCCUUUGAAUAUGGCUUCUUGGUACAAAUAAAUGAAGAGGCUGAGUUGGCAUGUGCCUUGAAUGAGUACCUGGCCUCACGCAGCUACCUGGCUGGGUUCAGCCCCUCUCAUGCAGACCAGGAGGCCUUUGAGCUCCUCAACAGGGCCCCCGCACCCCAACAUGUCCACGCUCUGCGCUGGUACAGACACAUAGCUGCGCUGCAGCAGGAUCUCAGCCCUCAGAGCAGCAGCAUGAAAGGGAAGCGGACACAGCCACCCUGGGCGGCCCCCGCUGGAACAGAGGUGGCCCAGCUGCGGCUCUACAACAGUCUGACCAGAACCAAGGAGACGUUUGUUCCCCAGAAUGGGAACAGAGUGCUGUGGUACAGCUGUGGGCCCACCGUGUAUGAUGCAUCUCACAUGGGACAUGCAAGAUCGUACAUAUCUUUUGAUAUACUGCGAAGGAUACUCAAAGACUAUUUCAAAUAUGACGUUCUCUACUGCAUGAAUAUCACAGACAUAGAUGACAAAAUAAUCAAGAGGGCAAGACAGAACUACCUUCUGGAGCAGUACAAGAAGAAGAAACCUGAAGCAUCUCAAAUAAUACAGGAUGUUCUGAGUGCCAGAGGGCCUUUCCAACAGAAGCUUGCGGAGACGACAGACCCAGACAAGAGGCAGAUGCUUGAGAGGCUGGAUGCUGCUGUGGCCGCUGUCCUGGGCCCCCUGCAGGCCGCCGUGCACAGCAAGGAACACCCCAUUCAUGCCGAGGUGCUACUGGAGAGUGCUAAGGACCUGCUGGCUGACUGGCUGGAUGACCAGUUUGGAAGUCAGGUCACAGAGAACUCCAUCUUCUCAACUCUGCCCAAGUACUGGGAGGGGGAGUACCACGCUGACAUGGCUGCACUGAAUGUGCUUCCUCCUGACGUGCUUACCAGGGUCAGUGAAUAUGUGCCGGAGAUUGUGGACUUUGUUAAGAAAAUUGUUUCUAAUGGCUAUGGGUAUGAGUCAAACGGUUCUGUUUACUUUGACACUAGUAAAUUUGAUUCUAGUAAACAACACUCCUAUGGCAAACUAGUGCCUGAAGGAGUUGGUGACCAGAAAGCAUUGCAAGAAGGAGAAGGAGACCUGAGCAUCUCUGCUGAAAGGCUGAGUGAGAAACACUCCCCGAAUGACUUUGCCCUGUGGAAAGCCUCAAAGCCUGGAGAGCCUUCAUGGGACUCUCCCUGGGGGAAGGGGAGGCCUGGUUGGCAUAUUGAAUGUUCUGCCAUGGCGGGCUCCAUCUUGGGAGAAUCCAUGGAUAUCCAUGGAGGGGGUUUUGAUCUCCGCUUUCCCCAUCAUGACAAUGAACUGGCUCAGUCUGAGGCUUUCUUUGAGAAUGAUAAUUGGGUCCGCUACUUCCUGCAUACUGGCCACCUGACAAUUGCAGGCUGCAAGAUGUCUAAGUCUCUUAAGAAUUUCAUCACAAUAAAGGAUGCCUUGGCAAAUAAUUCAGCUCGUCAACUCCGCCUGGCGUUCCUCAUGCAUUCCUGGAAGGACACGCUGGACUAUUCGGCCAACACCAUGGAGUCUGCCGUCCAGUACGAGAAGUUCAUGAAUGAGUUCUUCCUCAAUGUGAAAGACAUUCUGCGCUGUCCUACUGACAUCACCGGUCAGUUUGAGAAGUGGGAAGCAGCCGAGAUGGACCUGAACAAAUGUUUCUAUGAGAGGAAGUCGGCCGUUCACGAGGCACUCUGUGAUAACGUGGACACGCGCGCUGCCAUGGAGGAGAUGAGGGCCCUGGUCAGUCAGAGCAACACCUACAUCGCCAGCAGGAAGAGUGCCAAGCUCCAGCCCAACCUUAUGCUGUUGGACAGCGUCGCCGCCUACCUGACAGCCAUGUUGAAGACGUUUGGUGCCAUUGAAGGAGCCCAGCCGAUUGGUUUCCCAGUCGGGGGCACAGGCCGAGACAUAGACCUGGAAACCACAUUGAUGCCAUAUCUGAAAGUGCUUUCAGACUUUAGAGAAAAUGUACGGAGAAUUGCAAGAGAGCAGAAGGUGACGGAGCUGCUACAGCUGUGUGACGUGGUCCGGGAUGACACCUUGCCUGAUCUGGGCGUUCGACUAGAGGAUCACGAAGGUCUCCCUACAGUGGUGAAGCUGGUGGACAAAGAGACCCUGCUGAAGGAACGAGAAGAGAAGAAAAGGAUGGAAGAGGAAAAGAGAAAGAAGAAGGAAGAGGCUACUAGAAAGAAACAAGAACAGGAGAUGGCCAAACUUGCAAAGAUGAAGAUUCCCGCGUGUGAGAUGUUUCUCAAAGAAGCUGACAAAUACUCAAAGUUUGAUGAAACGGGAUUUCCCACUCAUGACCUGGAAGGAAAGGAAAUCAGUAAAGGACAGGCGAAGAAACUGCGUAAGCUCUACGAGGCGCAAGAUAAACUACACCGUGAUAACCUCCAGAUGAAUCAGAAUGGCAGCUGAGUGUUGCACACAGAACUUAUCUCUCCUAGGAAAUAAAUAUUCAGGCCAGUGAUGCUGGCUCGACACCUCUGCAUCUCGUUUGUCAGAACAAUAAAGGGAAACGGACACACAGAAGGAAAGCCUAACUAGAUAAUGUUAAAGGAAAGUUGAUUUAUCACUACCUUUUGUGUUAACAACAUACACCACCAUUAAAUAGCAAAUCAUAAUGUUUCCUAUUUUUUAUUUAAUUACAGUAAACUGGGGAAGGGAUUGGAAUAACCUGAAAGCAUUGUCUAUAAAGAAAUGUGGCUGCUAUCAGAAGGAGCUGCCAAUGACCAAAAUGAUUCUGCCUUUGUGUUUAGCAAAUGCUGUAAAAGCUUCUUUCUUUUUUUUUACUAUCAACCUAAAUAUUUAUUAUUUUUAAAAUGUUUAUGCUGGUCAUUGCUUAAGCUUUUUGAACGAUAAACUGAUAUGCUGGUUCAAGUUCCCAAUAAGCAAAGCAAAUAUAUUAAUUCUAUAUUGAUGCCAUUAUAUUUGCCGCAAUAAGUUGCCAUUUGAUGGUAUUUAUUGGCAUCAGAAAUCUAUUUGCUUUCAAUGGAUUUUGGCUAAAUCGUGAGUAAGUCGAACACAAGGAUCCAAACAGAGCCAGCUCUUUCUAACAUCUAAACAAAAGGUUUUUCAAAUAACAUACAUGAUGCUUACUAUUGACUAGAUUAUUCAGCCGUCCAAUGGGGUUGCAUAACAAUGUAUUCAUAUUGUAACUUAUUGUUUUUGCUGUGGUUAUGUGGCAGUUAUAUGAAAGAAUAGGUGGCCUGUAAGGAAGUAGUAAUCAGAAGUAGUUUCCAUUGAAUUGAUGAUGGCUGUCUAUGGAACCUCUGGGAAGGUGGGAGUCAUACACACAGAAUUAUUAUGAAGAAAAAGGGUCAUUGCGGUUUUCAUUCUAUACCCUCCAUAUAUAUGAUGUUUGAAGUGUUUAAUAACGUUCUGAGAGGAUCUUGUGAACUGCAGUUCUAUAUAGAAGUUUAGGAUAGAUACAUGUACCUUUUACGCAGGACAUACCUGUUGACCUGUUGAAAUUUAAUAAAAUUGCCAUCCUAUUGAA